AUGGCCAACGUUAAACGUUGCUUCUUUGCGUGGAUCCUGUCAAGCAGCGCCACGGCGACGUGGUACGACUGGGUGUACCAGAUGGGUUCUGCUGAAAAUGAGCUCGGCAGGUGCGUGCGAAGUGAUUCUGCAGGGAACGUGCUUGUCCUGGGCGAUACGCUUGGGAACUUCUCGGGCGCAAGCGCCAGCGCAGGCGGAAAAGACCUGAUCUUGGUGAAAGUGAGCGGAACCGGAGCAUACCAGUGGAGCGUGCAGAGGGGCACAGCCACCGACGACUACGGCAUGGCUCUGGAGGUGGAUACUUCAGGCAACAGCUAUCUGGCUGGCUAUACCAACGGUGGGCUGGAUGGACAGAGCAACGCGGGAAGCUGGGAUGGAUACGUGAUGAAGGUGGACUCCGCGGGCUCCUGGCAGUGGACCACCCAGCGCGGCGGAACCUCGGAUGACAGAUUCAACGCGCUGGCGCUGGACAGCUCAGCCAACUUGGUUGUCGCUGGCGCGUCGUUCGGGGAUGUCGAUAGCCAAAGCAACUCUGGGGACUAUGACUUGCUGGUCAUGAAGUUUAGCAGUGCCGGCACAUGGCAGUGGACCAGCCAGAGGGGCACUACCUCCAAGGACACGCUUUAUUGCGUCACCAUUGACUCCGGUGACAACAUCAUUGCGGGUGGUGACACUUUUGGCGCACUGGAUGGCCACUCUUCUUCCGGAGGUGGGGACUUCGUAGUCUCCAAGUAUGAUAGCAGUGGGAACUGGCUCUGGACAGGACAGUUUGGUUCGACUGACACGGCGGAUGAUACGGUAAGGGCGGUGAAGGUCGAUGGCAGCGACAACAUCUACGUGUUUGGCAAUACGAGAGGUUCGUGGUCGGGGUACACAAAUGCAGGCGAAGGUGAUCUAGUUCUCAUGAAGCUGGAUGGCUCGGAUGGAAGUGCGCUGUGGGCCAAGCAGCGCGGAUCCACUCAACAUGACUGGGGUAACAGCCUGGAGCUUGAUUUGGUCAACAGUCGGAUCUUUGUCGGCGGCUACACAAACGGGAACCUGGAUGGGCACACCUCCGGGGGAGAGUACGAAACCUUCGUAAUGGAGUUGGACCUUGAUGGUGUUUGGGAUAGCACCACCAUCUACGGCACCGGCGCCAGGGACCUCUCAGCCAGCCUCCACUUAGACAGCACGAACAACUUUGUUUUCACCGGCUACACGACCGGGUCUUGGUCCGGAUUCUCCAACGCAGGAGGCGAUGACCUCAUCAUUGUGGCAGCUCUCCACACGACCACCACGACGAGCAGCCUGAGCACCAGCACCAGCACCACGAGAAGCAGUUCUUCGACGACUUCCACGUCGUUCACGACCUCCAUGACCAGUAGAACCACCUCCAGCACCACCGAAACCUCCAGCGCCACCACAUCGUCUUCAACCUCCACUGCAACCAUGACCACACGUUCUAGCACCACCUCUACUUUUACCAUCACCUCCAGCUCCAGCAUCAGUUCCAGCACCACUUCCGCCACAAUCUCUAACACCGCCGCUAGCAGCACCACGACCACCACAACCACCACAACUUCCAGCACCGCCACCACCAGCAUUACGGCCACCACCAUGUCAAGCACCGCCUCCAGCAGAACCACAACCGCCACCAUUUCAGUCUCCAACAUUUCCGCCACCACAAGUUCUAGCACUACCUCCAGCAUCACUUCCAGUAGCACUUCCAGCGUUACUUCCAGCACCUCCUCCAGCACCUCCUCCAGCACCACGUCCACCUCCAGCAUCACCUCCAGCAUCACUUCCAGCAUCACUUCCACCGCCACUUCUACCGCCACUUCCUCCACUGCCUCCGCCACGUCCAGCGCCACCGUGAGCAACGCUGCCACGGCCACUUCCAGUUCUACUGGCACGGCCAGGUCUACUACCUCCUUUACCGCUGCCACCACCUCCACUGAUACCCUCACCGGCACCACAACCUCCGUUACCAUGUCUCUGAGCACGCCCGGCAGCACUUCUGUCACCAGUUCUUCCACCACUACCUCCAGUACCGGCUCUAGGCCGUCUGCCACAGGCAAUGCCACCGCAGCGGCGGCAUCGGCGAUUGAGGAUAUCGAAGCGGAGCAGGCCAGCUUGGCGCAGCACGCCUUUGCAUUGGCGGCUUCGUCCUCGGAGGAAGUGGUGGAAAUCAGGAGGGAUGCUGAUGGCGUCAUCGCCAUUGCUGCUGCCAUAAAGUCAUCCGGAAACACCAGCCAGUUCAACAUCUCGGAUGGUGAUCUGGUAGUGACGUUGCCCAGGGUGCUGGUGCUGGCCGCAGCUGAUGGCGGGCUGGCAUCCCUGGUACUUGCCCACUUCACCCAGCAGUCCGAGAUCGUCACUGUCUUGCAGGAAGCCUCCGUGAACACCACGCUGGGCAGCGCGCCCGUGAGCGUGGUGCUGUUUAAAGCAGAUGGCACUGAGUGGACUGGGCCCUUGACCGCCCCGCUUCAGCUCUCCCUACCUUUGAAUGAGAAUGUCACAGGCGCGAAGAGCAGAGGCAGCUGUGUCUUUUGGGAUGUGGAAGCCGGCAGGUGGUCGACUGAUGGCAUUUCGACCCUGGCAGUGGAUGGCGAGAGAGCAGUUUGCGAAACAACGCAUUUGUCCUUGUUCGCGUUUGUGCUUGAAACCAUCAUAGCAGUGAUCCUUUGCUCAGCAGCAGCCAGCAUCCUCUCCUUGGAGGGCUUGCAAAACCUUGCGCGAUGGCAUUGGGCUGGCUCUUUGCCAGCCGUGCUUCAUUGGACAGCAUUGUUGAUGGCAAUCGUUGUGCUGGUGAUGUCGAGGCAAGCUGACAAGAGGCACAAAGACUAUCUAGCAAAGCUACGGGAAGUGGUUGGCCAAAGCAAUCAAAACAGUCAAAGCAAUCAGCGGGAAUCUCGGAAGGAGGUAAGGCGGCGUAAAUGUUCAGACUGCAAGCAGGUGUGCGGGACACUUAUGAUGGAGUACCGGGCACUCUUUUUGAGCUCGCGGAGCCUGUCCCGGGCGAUGUUUUCAAGGCUUCUCUUCCACCAGACAGGCAAGAAGCUUGACGAACUGGAGAAGAUUUAUGAUGCAGUGGGGCCAACCAUUGCGCACGCAAAGGCCAUGGCCGCUGUACAGCGCUUCAAGAAUGCCACGACCUUGAAGAAAGCCCGGAUGCUGUUCUGGGCCAACAAUUCCUGGAACCGGGUCGUGGCGCCCUCCCUCGUGCACUCCUGCACUUUUCAGAGUUUGCUCAUCUUCUGCGAGCUCUACAGCGAGUGGGCCGUGAUGGCCGCGUUCUGCAACAUCGGGGCCCUGGCACCGGGCCAGGGCCCAGACUGCGAAUCCUUCGGCAGCGUGGCAGAGCUCGUGGUGAGGUCUGCCUUCUUGUCAACUUUGUCGACGGUCUUAGGUGCACUGCCCUUAAUGAUCGUACUUCUGCUGCUACCGAGAAGUCUCAGAUGCCCCAUCGGAGUCCCCAUCGUGUCAAUAUUCUUACUGGCCUGCAUGUGCGUGGUCUCCAUCUUCCUCUCGAAUGUCGCGGAAGAAGAUGCGCUCAGCUGGUUCAUUGGAGGCUUGUACGGCAUAUUCAAUUCAAUGCUGGCUCUUCCCUCUGCUUUCGCCCUUACCGGCUUAUGGUGGCUCGUUAGAUUCCAGAACGACCUCGAGCAAAUGUGUCUCUGGUUUGAGGCCGAUGGAGAAGCCCACAGGGAUGACGCCGAGGCAGCGGACCUCAUGGUUGAAGAGGACAUACUGGUUACAGAUGUUAAGGCGGACUUCGUGAUUGACAAGGAGAUCGUCUUUGAAGACGACCUGAUGAUAACCUCCUCGUUGUGA